AAACACGCGGCGCCUGGAGCGUCUGGGGCGUCUAAUAAGAUCUGGGGAGAUUAAAUACAGGAUUCGAGAUGCAUCCCCAGAGAAUGCCUGCUGAGCCUCACUAAGCGAUGACAGGCGAUAUGUGGGGUAGCAGUGCCAAGGAAUGUAGACCGUGAUUGCGCGUGAGACGCGGACGCGUCGUGAUAAUGGUUGGCGUCACUUUCUCCAGCCUCCACGCCCUCGCCUACGCUUCUACACACAACAAUCUAGGGCUACGACAUCACCAAGUUCUACCCGAUACACAUUCACGCACUAGGGCAAACACCAGAGAUGGGUAUUAAACACCUGUACCAGCUCAUUGAGGAGCAUGCGCCCGAGGCAGUCAAGAAGGGCGAGAUCAAGAACCAGUUUGGACGCAAAGUUGCCAUAGAUGCAUCUAUGAGCAUCUACAGUUUCCUCAUCGCUGUCCGAUCUGAUGGUCAGCAGCUCAUGAGCGAGACAGGCGAAACCACAUCACAUCUCAUGGGUCUCUUCUACCGCACGAUGCGCAUGGUCGACAACGGUAUCAAGCCCCUCUACGUCUUCGACGGCGCUCCACCCAAGCUCAAGUCCGGCGAGCUCGCGAAGCGGUUUCAGCGCAAGACAGAGGCACACGCUGCGGCUGAGGAGGCAAAAGAGACGGGUACAGCCGAAGACGUCGAGAAGUUCUCGCGGCGGACCGUCAGGGUGACGAGGGAACACAACGAGGAGUGUCAGCGCCUGCUCAAGCUCAUGGGCAUCCCGUACAUUGUUGCGCCGACCGAAGCUGAAGCCCAAUGCGCGACAUUGGCGAGAGGCGGUAAGGUCUAUGCCGCCGCUUCAGAGGAUAUGGACACCUUGACCUUCGAUUCACCCAUCCUGCUGCGACAUCUGACCUUCAGCGAGCAACGCAAAGAACCCAUUCUGGAGAUUCAUCUGGACAAGGUACUCGAAGGCUUGAACAUGGAGCGGAAACAGUUCAUCGACCUCUGUAUCCUCCUCGGCUGUGAUUAUCUCGACCCUAUCAAAGGCAUUGGCCCCAGCACCGCUCUCAAGCUCAUCCGUGAGCAUAAUGACUUGGAAGGUGUCGUUGAACACAUCAAGUCCCAAUCCUCCAAGAAGCUCACUAUCCCCGACGACUGGCCCUUCGCCGAUGCGCGCCUGCUCUUCCUUGAACCAGACGUCCGACCUGCCGAUGACCCAGAAUGCGACUUCAAGUGGGAAGCCCCAGACGUAGAAGGUCUUGUUAAGUUCCUGGUCGAGGAGAAGCAUUUCAACGAGGACAGGGUGCGCAAUGGAGCAGCUAAGCUACAGAAGAACAUGAAGACAGCGCAACAGAGCAGGUUGGAGGGUUUCUUUAAGCCCAUUGAGAAGACGGCCGAGGAAAAGGCCAGUCUGAAACGCAAGGCUGAGGAGAAGCUUGAAGAGAAGAAAAAGAAGCAAAAGGCUGACGCGAAGGCGAAGAAGCAGGCCAAGGCUAAGCCGAGGACAGCUGGCUAAGGGAAACUGGUUGCUGCUUGGAGGACAAAGUCAGAUUUUUGUGCACGGGAAGCUGGCGUUCAUGGAAUAGUGAUACCUGCUGGCUUACGGCGUUUUCAAGGCACACGCGCUAGCUGGUAUUAUGAAGUGCAAAACGCUUUGUUACUACAUUUGUAUGACUGCGUCUUGAUAUAUAGUUUUUUCUAAUGUCAAAAUACAAUUUCAGAUGUU